UAGGCGGGUUACAGAUCCAUGCUAGGAUAUUAAGAGAUGGGCAUCAAUCCGAUAGCCUUUUGCUUACUACUUUGAUGGAAUUUUAUUCAUCUGGUGAGAAGUGCAAUGAAGCUUGCAAAGUGUUUGAUGAGAUGUGUCACAGAGAUACUGUUGCUUGGAAUGUGUUGAUUUCUUGCUAUACUCGUAAUGGCCGUACACGUGAUGCUUUGACUGUGUUUGAUAUGAUGCAAAAUUCGCAAUGUGGGUAUAAGCCAGAUGAAGUGACUUGUUUGCUUGUACUUCAGGCAUGUGCUAAUUUGAAUGCUUUGGAAUUUGGUCAGCGGGUUCAUAAAUAUGUUGAGGAACAUGGAUUUGGUAAUGCUGUUAAUCUCUGUAAUUCGCUUGUAGCAAUGUAUUCACGGUGUGGAUGUUUGGAUAAGGCUUAUGAUGUAUUUAAGGGAAUGGGCAAGAAGGAUGUAGUUUCUUGGAGUGCAAUGAUUUUGGGUUUGGCGAGUAAUGGGUAUGGAAGGAUGCUAUUGAAGCCUUUAGAGAGAUGCAGAGGGUGGGUGUUGCCCCAGAUGAUCAGACUUUUACAGGUGUUCUUUCUGCUUGCAGUCACUCUGGGUUGCUUGAUGAGGGUCGGAUGUUUUUCGAUUCCAUGAUCAAGGAGUUUGGGAUAGUGCCUAAUGUCCACCAUUAUGGGUGCAUGGUUGAUCUUAUGGGCCGUGCCGGUCUGCUUGAUGAGGCCUACCAGCUUAUUCUUUCAAUGGGCAUCAAGCCAGAUGCUACUAUAUGGAGGACUCUUCUUGGGGCUUGCCGAAUUCAUCGCCACACUUCCCUAGGAGAACGGGUAAUUGAGCAUUUGAUUGAAUUUAAGGCUCUAGAAGCUGGGGAUUAUGUUUUGCUAUUGAAUUUGUAUUCUACGGUGAAUGACUGGGAGAAGGUGAUAGAAGUGAGGAAAUUGAUGAAGGAAAAAAAAAUUCAAACUACCCCUGGUUGUAGUACCAUUGAGUUGAAAGGAGAAAUACAUGAGUUCCUUGCUGAUGAUAUUUCACAUCCACGAAAGAGGGAAAUAUAUGAGAUGCUGGAUGAGAUUGGAAAGCAACUGAAAAUUGCAGGUUAUGUUGCUGAAAUAACAUCAGAGUUGCACAAUUUGGGUGCAGAAGAAAAGCAGAUUACUUUAUCUUAUCACAGUGAGAAGUUGGCCAUUGCUUUUGGAGUUCUUGCAACGCCGCCAGGUACAACCAUAAGAGUGGCAAAGAACCUCCGGAUAUGUGUAGAUUGCCACAAUUUUGCAAAGAUACUUUCUGGGGUUUAUAAUCGAGAGGUGAUCAUUAGAGAUCGCAUCCGCUUUCAUCACUUCCGAGAAGGACACUGCUCCUGCAAUGACUACUGGUGAAGAGAACACAUGCUAAACACUAGUCUGCAACAUGGAAUAUCUGUCAUCAGAUUGAAAAAUACAAGGUCAGUUGGAACAUUACUUUUGACCUCUUAUGUUGAUUAUGGCUACGGAAAAUUUUGGUUCUGGGUAGGGAUUUUCCAAAGAAUUAAAAACAAACAAGUUAUCGGAAUCAAUACCAGCAAUCUCUACCACAUAACCAAGAACAAAGUGGAUGGAUCACGUUGAAGGCAUUUAGCUAAGUGGCAUCUUUCCCAGUGAUUCACAUGUGGUGCAAUGAGAUUUCCUUGGGACAAUUUUUGCUGAUUCAAUGGAUGUUAAAGAAAACAAUUUAAUGGAGAUAAAACAUGAUAAAGCCUGAAAUGAGGGUUUUGCCUCUUUUUCAGUGGAAUGGAAGAACAAAAUUUCCUCAGAGGAACUUAAAG